GAUGUCAAGCUUGAGUAAGCCGUCUGCUUCUGCUUCUUCUUCUGCUGGUACUUGUACACAACGCCCUGUUCAGUUGUGAUUACAGGAAGGAACAGAUGUCUAUUUCUCCAUGAUUAUACUUGUUAACUUGAAUCUCUAAAACUGUUUGGCAGUUUUGUUAUAGGAAGGUUGCAAAGGUUUCUUUUUAGAAAGAUGGCAUCGGCAGCUGCAGCAGCAUCUAAGAUCAUCAUUGAUGGAAGUGUCAUGGAAGGAGGCGGGCAGAUUUUGCGGAUUGCAUCAGCUUUGAGUUGCCUGACCUGUCAACCAAUCACAGUGCAGAAAGUCAGGGCUGGGAGGAGCAAGCCGGGACUAAGACCCCAGCAUUUGAGCGGCCUCCAGCUGGUCCGAGAUCUCUGCUCCGGUGAGCUGAUAGGAGGAUCGGUAGGAUCCACAGAGAUCACUUUCAUCCCGUCAAAGAUUAAAGCAGGCAGAUACGUGGCCGACACAAAGACUGCAGGGAGUGUAGUCCUAUUGAUGCAGGUGUCCAUGCCUUGUAUGCUGUUUGCUGCUGGACUCACCCAGGUCACUCUUAAAGGGGGCACUAACGCUGAAAUGGCACCUCAGAUUGACUACACAACGCUAGUUUUCCAGCCAAUGAUCGAACGAUUUGGAGUCCAAUUUGAAUGUGAUGUGAAAAGAAGGGGUUACUACCCUAAGGGUGGUGGAGAGAUCCAAGUCCGUACAACCCCCAUCCAGUGCCUUCAACCUGUGGACAUCACCGAUGUAGGCCAAGUCACAAAGAUUGAAGGUCGAGCGUUUGUCGCUGGAGUCUUGCCUGUCAAGAUUGCUAAAAGCAUGGCCGACACAGCGAGCAGCAUAAUAAGCAGCAGAUUUCCCAGUAUUCCUGUACACGUCAAGGCCGUGCAAGAGGCUUCAGCUGUUGGCAAUGGAUGCGGUAUCAUAGUGGUUGCUGAUACAAGUACUGGUUGCAAACUGGCUGGAUCUACCUUAGGAAAGAAAGGUGUACCGGCUGAGCAAGUUGGCAAGGAAGCUGCUGAGAUGCUCCUGAGGAAUCUGGAUCAUGGAGGAUGCGUGGAUGAGUACUUACAAGACCAGUUGAUUAUUUUCAUGGCCUUAGCCAGUGGGACCUCUAGAGUGUUGUCAGGACCACUGACGCUGCAUACAAAAACAGCAAUUCACGUCACUGAGAAACUAACCAAGGCGAAAUUCAAUGUCCAAAAAGUCUUUGGUGAAGGCGAUUCUGAGAGGAGUAUAAUAGAAUGCGAGGGCAUUGGACUACAGAGAUAAAAGGUCAGAUGUCUCACAAACAAUGAUGAAAUGAAAUAUUCUUGAAGAAAAAAAUUAAACGUUGCCAAAAAAAGAUUUGAAUAGGUAUAGAACGACCUAUUUUCGAGUAGUAUAAUAGGGGUUAAGUGGCACCACCAACGUCAAAUUAGUCCGCCCCCC